ACAGAGCAACUUCCCCCAUUUUCUCCUUCUCUCUUGAUUCGUUUCUUUGUCUGUACGUGAGAUUCUCAGUCGGUGUGCGCGUGAUAUAGAGAGAGAGAUAGAGAGAGCUUUUGAGAGACACGGAAACAAAUUUGGCUACUUCAUCAUCACCAGCGGCAUUUUCUCCGGCGAAGUUUCCGAUGUAUCUACUCUCUCUAGCUAGGCUAGCUCAGCUCAGCUCCUAAAACAGUUAAAGAUCCAGAGUGCCUGAGGAUUGUUGUUUGCUCUAUCAUCAUUCUCGGGUCUUGUUAGUAUAAAGGGGGACCAAAAUGAAUGAACUAAGAGGCAGAAAGGGUCAAAAUAUUGAAAGUCCGGUUCCAGGAUGCUUGGGGAAGAUGGUUAAUCUAUUUGAUCUAGGAACAGCUGUUAAUGGGAACAAGUUGCUUACUGAUAAACCCCAUCGUGAUGGAUACUCUCUGUCAAGGAGUCGAUCUGAUGUGACCCGAAUGCCAAGCCCUUCUUAUAAAGGCCAUUCAGAAGCUGAACUGAUUAUGUGUGAUUUGAGGAGAACUGCUUCUAGCAAAGUAAAUGGUACACCGAUGAAGAAACUCAUUGCUCGAGAAAUGUCAAAAGAAGUUGAACAUAAACAGAGCCCAACUAAUGUGGUUGCUAAGUUGAUGGGUUUGGAAACACUUCCCCAGAUGCAUCCUGAGACUGCUACACAGCGAAGCAAUUCCAGAAGCUAUUCAUACUCUUCGCCGAAUCAUUCGGUGUCUUCUAUGGAUAAUGAGGUCCAAAAGUAUGAGGAUCUCAACAGAGAGUUUAAAGAUGUGUAUGAAAUGUGGCAGUCGCCUCAGAAGGUGAGUCGCUCAAGGGAUAGCUCGCCUAGAAAAGGAAGAUAUGAUGAAAGUACGACUGAGAAACAGAUGGCUCUUGUUCGUCAAAAGUUCACUGAAGCAAAACGCCUUGUAACAGAUAACAAUCUUCAGCAAUCCAAAGAGUUCCAAGAUGCACUUGAAUUUUUAAGCUCCAACAAGGAUUUGUUUGUUGAAUUUCUUCAGGAAUCAAAUUCAUUCUCUCAGCAGAACCUUUCUGGCUUUCACCCUGUUCCUUCUCAUUCAGAGGCAAAGCGCAUCACAGUAUUGAGACCUUCAAAGGCUGUUGAAACUGAAAAGUUUGUAGUUCAAGGGAGGAAGAACAAGCAAGUUAAAAAAUUGGCUUCAUCAAGUCAAGAAACUGGAUGGGGAAAUCGUGAUCUGGGUUACUCGUCAUCUUAUGUCGACCGUGGAACUGAGGAACACCCUGUACAGCCAACCCGAAUUGUCGUCUUGAAGCCUAGUCUAGGGAAGUCUCUAGAUAUAAAGGCUGUUUCAUCUUCCCCAUCAUCUCCAAGGGAUUUGCACAGUGGGGGGUAUUUUGAUGAGCCUGGAGAUGUUGAGACUAAAGAAGUAGCAAAACAAAUUACUCGUCAGGUGCGCGAAAAUCUGAUGGGUCACCACAGGAAUGAGACUCAGUCUUCUUCUGUCCUAUCCAAUGGUUAUAUCGGUGAUGACAGUUCCUUUAACAAGUCUGAAAAUGAAGAUCUAGUGGGAAACCUUAGCGAUUCAGAGAUCAUGUCACCAGCUUCUAGGCAUUCAUGGGACUGUCCAAAUAGGUUUGAAAGUCCUUUUUCUCCUUCCUCUUUUAGCCGAGCUUCAUUUUCUCCAGAGUCAUCUGUCUGUAGAGAGGCGAAAAAACGACUUUCUGAAAGAUGGGCAUUGAUGUCAGUAACUGGAAGAACUCAACCACAUAAACAUGUUUCAAGAACCUCAAGCACCUUAGGAGAAAUGCUUGCACUCUCAGAGACCAAAGUGACAACUGGAUCCGAGGAAGAGAGCAAUGAAAUAGUACCAGCAACUAGGGUGUCAACAUCAUGCAUAACCAGUGAUCUAAAUCAAGUGGAAAUGGCACGUGACUCUUUCAAUGUCCUUGCAAGGUCAAAAUCAGUCUCUGACGUUAGACUCAAUGGAGAAACAUCUGUUUCAGGGACUUCCAAAGUACAGGCUUCACGAGAGCUGACUAAGACGGGAAGCCUGAAAUCGUCAUGGAAAGUCUCAAAUUUGUUCUUCUUUAAGAAUACCAAAUUAAGCAAGGAUAAAAGAGAUGCAUCUCAGUGCAGCAGUACGUCUCAGCUAGCAACACCUUCUUCUAUGAUUCUUACUGGGAAAACCAGUGAAGAUUGUUUGUUUCCUAGAGAUAGUCUCCCUCCGGAUGCAUCACAACAGCAAAGUAUAAACCCAAGCGAGGAGGAAGUGACUACACCAAAACCCUUAGCGGCUGGGAAUACAAGUGAAAACCAGGACCAGCCGAGUCCAAUUUCUGUUUUGUUUCCGCCAUUUGAAGAGGAAAGUGUUGACACUCCAGAAUGCUCUGGGUCAACCAAGCUAUGGACGAAUCAAGCAGAGGCAAUGUCUCUCAAAUCUAAUCUAAUCGACAAAUCACCACCAAUCGGGUCAAUCGCUCGGAUCCUCUCAUGGAAUGAUGACUCUUGUACAGACAACAUAUCUAAACCCGCAAUGGCGGGAGUCCAUGAGGAUGAAGACUGGUAUUUCUUUAUAGAAACGCUCUUGACAGCUGCUGGUUUCAGCAGGGGUUGCACCGUCUCUCAUGACCCGCUCAUCUCACGGUGGCACUUGCCAAAUAAUCCCUUAGAUCCCUCCCUCAGAGAGAAAUACACUAACCCAGAUAAUAACAACAUCAAGGAGUUCAUCCAUGAAGGCAAGCGUAGACAACAACGAUCAACCCGUAAGCUCAUUUUCGACUGUAUCAGCUCCAUCAUUUCAGAAACAACAGCUACAAGCAUGGGCAAUAGUUCUCCACGUUUUGACCUCAUGGAACAUGUGUGGGAACAGUUAAAGGACUGGGUCUUAGAUGAGCCUAGCCAGCUUGACUCAGGAGAGGACAUGGACGCAAACAGUUUGGCUGCAGAGAGUCUAGUAAAAAACGAGAUAGUUGGGAGGACAUGGACUCAGAGCUUACAAGUUGAAGUAGACAACUUUGGGAUUGAAAUUGAGAGGAGAUUGUUGCAAGAUCUAGUAGAGGAAGCCGUUAUCGAUUUUACACGAUGAAGAGACCAGUGCAGUAUAUGCUACGUUCAAUAAAAAUGUAAGAUAGUGUUAAGCUUAUUUUUUGUAUGUGGGAAGAUUUAUGUCUCGAUUUUUUUGUAACGAUUGAGAGAGAAAACAAAAUGCUGUGUAGCCAUUGUUGAAGCAGAUCAAUAAGCAGUUGUUCCCAUUUAUAACACAAA